GCCCCAAUGAGAAAGGUGAAGGUAAAAAAAUGGACGGACUGGAUGCUAUUAGAACAUUUCAGUGGGACCCACACGUCAAUUUGUACCUUAAGCUUACUAUGCGGACGUUUGUAUUGGAUCCGGCCUACAGGCUACAGCAACAAAUUAGCAAUCGAUCUUCCGAAAUCGCGUCGACUCGGCCGAGUCGUCUCGGUUUCGGGGGAGUAACGAAACGAGUUACCAGACCGUAACGGGACCGAAACGAAUCGGUUCGGGUCGAUUCGUACCGGUUUCAGUCCGAAACAGGUAAUAAAACGGGCGCCUCCUCCACAAACAAUCCUCAAAACACUGGAUUAUGAUUCGGCUUUACCGUUUCAGAUGGCCCACAUGGCUGGAUUCGACGAUCUUCCGAAAACCGAUCGUAUCCGUUGGUUUCUGGCAAUCCCCAUUUUCUGCCAAUGCCGCCCGAUUGUCCGGUCAAGAUGCGGAUUUCACGGUCCAAUCUGCAGAAUUUGAUCCAUAUGCUUACUCUCGCUUGUUUCAGGAUUGCAUCGCGAACGUCGAUUCAAUCGGAGGAAAGGCGGCCCACUGCCAUGUGCUGAAGCUCGGCAAUUGUCUGGAUUUGUUCGCCUGGAACGGCCUUCUCAAUUUGUAUGUGAAAUUAGAUCUCUUGUUAGAUGCCCGUAAGAUGUUCGAUGAAAUGCCCAAAAGAAAUAUCGUGUCUUUCGUGACUUUAAUCCAAGGAUACAUGCAGUGUGAUGAGUUUGAUGAAGCAAUUAGGCUUUUCCUUAGGCUACAUAGAGAAGGCCAUGAGCUUAACCCUUUCGUGUUUACAACAGUUCUCAAGUUGCUUGUGAGUAUGGAGUCUGCAGAGCUUGGCCGCAAUAUCCAUGCUUGCAUUUGUAAGCUCGGCCACGAUUCGGAUGCGUUCGUGGGAACUGCUCUGAUCGAUGCUUAUUCCAUUUGUGGGCAUGUGGACGAUGCGAGGGAAGUGUUCGAUGGAAUUGCUGAAAAGGACAUGGUUUCUUGGACUGGAAUUGUUGCUAGCUAUGCUGAGAACGAUUAUGGGGAAGAGGCUUUCGAGCUUUUUUCUCAAAUGCACAAGCUUGGAUUGAAGCCGAACAAUUUCACGUUCUCUAGUUUGCUCAAGGCCUGUACUGGGUUGGGAGACGUGGAGCUAGGCAUGAGCAUUCAUGGAUGUGCUGUAAAAACUCGGUACGAGACUGACUUUUACGUGGGUGGCGCUCUCCUUGAUAUGUAUGCGAAAUGCGGUGACAUUGAGGAUGCUCGGGCAGUUUUUGAAGCCAUUCCUCACAAUGAUGUCAUCCUUUGGAGUUUCAUGAUCUCGCGGUAUGCGCAGAGUGAUCAGGGUGAGGAGGCAUUGAGGUUGUUUCGUCGAAUGAGAGAAGCUUCCGUGGUCCCUAACCAGUUCAGCUUUUGCAGCGUUCUGCAAGCAUGUGCGGAUUCGGAAGGUCUGGAUUUGGCCAGGCAAGCCCAUGCCCACCUUGUGAAGAAUGGGUUCGAUUCUGAUACUUUCGUCGCAAAUGCACUUAUCGAUGGCUAUGCUAAGUGCGGAAGGAUGGAAGAUUCGAUGAAUUUGUUCAUUGGCUUGCAACAUAAAACCGAUGUGAGUUGGAAUACCAUGAUUGUUGGCUAUGUGCAGUUGGGUUUUGGAGAAGAUGCUAUGAGACUCUUUCAUCAGAUGCUUGAUGCUGGUGAACAGGCCACCCAAGUUACCUACUCUAGUGUUCUUCGGGCUUGUGCGAGCUUAGCGGCCGUGGAACAAGGGACUCAGAUCCAUGGUCUGAUUGCAAAGUCCAUGUUUGAUGAUGAUGUGGUAGUUGGUAAUGCUUUGAUAGACAUGUAUGCCAAGUGUGGUGCCAUUAAGGAUGCUCGCAAGGUCUUUGAUGCUAUGACCGAACGUGAUGACAUUUCGUGGAACACCAUGAUUUCAGGAUAUUCUCUACAUGGUUUAGGUGGGGAUGCUUUAAAGAUUUUCAAGAGGAUGAGCGAAACAGAGAUCAAACCCAACAACAGAACUUUCGUGGGCAUCCUCUCGGCGUGCAGCAAUAUGGGUUUGGUGGACCCGGGUCGAUCUUAUUUUAACUCCAUGAUCCAGAGGUAUGGCAUCAAACCGAGCAUGGAGCACUAUACAUGCAUGGUUAGACUUUUAGGACGUUCGGGUUGUUUUGACGAGGCUGUAAAAAUCAUCGAGGAAAUCCCGUCAGAACCUAGUGUUAUGGUUUGGCGAGCAUUGCUUAGUGCUUGCAUAGUUCACAAUAACAUCGACCUUGGGAAGGUCUCCGCACAGAGAGUGCUUGAAAUGGAACCAGAAGACGAGUCGACCCAUGUACUGUUAUCGAAUCUGUAUGCUGCGGCAGGAAGAUGGGAUAAUGUAGCCUCCAUCAGGAAAUCCAUGAGACAGAAAGGAGUGAAGAAGGAACCGGGCCUUAGCUGGAUUGAGAUACAGAAUGAGAUCCAUGCUUUCAUCGUGGGUGAUAAAACACACCCCGAGAUGAGGGUAAUCAAUGCGAUGCUCGAGUGGCUGAGCAAAGAGGUCAAGAAAGCCGGCUACAUUCCAGAUCUGAAUGUUGUUUUGCAUGAUGUGGAGGCAGGUCAGAAGGAGCAAUUCUUAUGGCUACAUAGUGAGAGGCUCGCCCUGGCAUUUGGGCUUAUAAGAACGCCACCUGGAAGCCCGAUUCGCAUCCUCAAGAAUCUUCGUAUAUGUCAGGAUUGCCAUGCUACAAUCAAGUUUGUCUCUAAGGUCGUUCGACGUGAAAUUAUUGUGAGGGACAUGAACCGUUUCCAUCAUUUUGAGGAUGGGAUUUGCUCUUGUGGCGAUUAUUGGUGACCAUGGUGCACUGAAGCCAUUUAGAGCUGUUGCGUAAUGUGCUAUAGUCAGUUUGAAAGGCAAGAACAGAAUCUCACUUCAAUUGGAUUCCUAAUCCAUGAACGUCCAUUGCCGGCAGAGCGAGUUUGCCCUGUACCAAAGACUAGAUUGUGGUCAAAACACAAUUUUAUGUUAUGCACCAUGGACCUGGAUCGUCAAGCUGAAUAUUCUCCGUAGAAAUGCGAAGGCUACUCUCCCCAUAUGUGCCAAUGUGGCACAUGUACCCUGUGCAUAUGCUUUGGCCCGAAAAUCACACAGCAUGGUCUUAGGUGGGCCACAUGUAUAGAAAAAAUAUGGACGGGUGAAAUGAAUCGACCAAGAUUCCACACUUCACACUGAUAUGUGGCUCACCUUCUGAGCACAAUGGCCUGAUUUUCUGGACACCUAUAUGUUUGGGCACCUGAUGAAUGACCUGGAUCUUGAACACGUGCCAAAUAGAAGGGUCCUACUCCGAGAGUUUCUUAUCUGGUUUUACAUGUGCAGAUGUGUUCAUGGGUUCAUCCAUCAUGAGGGAGGAGAAUCAUGAGAUGCUGAACGGAUCCUUCUAACUAGGUGCCGCUCCCACUUCGAUCAUGCUUCAGACUCGUGCUCCUGUUCAUACUUUUUUUACAUUUUGAAACAGAUGCUUUCCCACUUCUGCCCCUGAAUCUAUUGCCAGUUUCACGCUUCUUGCAAUACAUGUUUGACCUUUUGGUUACUUAUGAUGGGGCUUAUGAAGUCAAGCAUGUCAUGAAGUUUAGAAGGGAUUGUUUGGGGCUUGCUUAUAUGUUGAAAAAAAUCGGUUUCUGUUAGGCUCAGGAUCCACGCACACACACGCACAAAGGCCCCUUGAUGGGGUCUAUUGGUUGUUUUGGUAAGAUAUACUAGCAUCUGGGGCUGAUUCAUUUGGGUCUGUUUCCAAAAUCAGGUCAGGUUUUUGUUUAUAUUGCUGACUGUGAAUCUUGAGCUUUUUGUAGCUCAGGGGUUGGCCUUUCAGGGUGUUUGUUUGUAGGCUGUUUUCUUCUUCUUCUUUGGUUUUGUGCUUUAUUCUUGUUUGUUGUUUUGUUCUCUUCUGUCAGCCUUUGGCCCUAAUAAUAGUGCUUCAUCUUUCCAUUGUUUUUUUGGCCACAUGGUAUGAAUGAGGAAACACUCCCGUUGCUUUAAAAAAAAAUAAAAAUGAGGAAACACAACAACCAUUCAACAAUUUUCCACCCAUUAUGAAUCUUCCAACUAGAAUUCCAAAAGUCACCAAUAGGCAAUGACACUACUUUGAUACUAAAAUCAUUAUCAUGAAAACAACACAGCCUACCUCGAAGAUCACCCUUCUCGAAAAUCAGGCUAAUCCCCUCACUAGGGGUACCGCUCUUGUAUCUUGACUCAGACAAUCACUUGUCCAUUCAUUCCAACAGUGUGGCCCACCUGAUGAGCAAACAGUCCUGAAUUUUGUGCCAGAUGAUCUUCAUGGUGAGGCGUACUGUUUUCAUGGUACCACGUUCCUACACAAGUGGCAUGUUAUGGGCAAGCCGUGGUACCUUCCUGUAAGUGAUUGGUUCUCAUUCAUCAUCAUCAUCAUCAUCUAAGCCUUAUCCCAACUAAUUGGGGUUGGCUACAUGAAUCUGUUCCACAAUUCCACUCUAUCAAGGGCCAUACCUCCAGUUUGACCAUAGGUCAUUCCCUUGCCCUUCUAGAGCCUUCAAGUUGCACCAACUCACUCCUAACCAGCACAGUUCUUGAUCCUCGUCGCAUGAUCAAACCAUCUAAGUCUACUUUCCCUCAUCUUUACCUGUUAGUGCUACUCCUAAGCUCCCUCAAAUGUAUUCAUUUCUACUAGUUUUGUUUCUGUUUCUUUACUCCCUCAUAGUAUGCCUUACUCUUUAAUCAGUUUUCAUUUUUUUUAAAAAAAAAAGAGGUUGGAGAUUUAUCUCUGUUGUGUUGAUCUAAGCAUUUUGUAACUAUCUCCUUCUUUUUCCGGUGAUAGUGGUGAUAAAUGCAAGAGCCUAAUUGUGAUAUCACCACUUGGUUUUACAGGAAUAGAAAUGACGUUUCUUCUUGUUGCUGCUCUGGCCGUAUCUCAAUAUUCAUUACUUGUAGUGGAUUUAAUCUGUUGCCCAAAAAUGG